AUGCCAGGAGGCCAAGAACGGCAGGAGAGCAAGAACGCCAGGAGGGCAAGAACGCCAGGAGGGCAAGAAUGCCAGGAGGGCAAGAAUGCCAGGAGGGCAAGAAGCCAGGAGGGCAAGAACGCCAGAGAGGAGAGCAGAAUGCCAGGAGAGCAGAACGCCAGGAGAGCAGAAGAAAGGAGAGCAGAACGCCAGGACGGCAAAACGGUGAGACAGCAAGAACGGCAAGACGGCAAGAAUGCCAAGAACGCCAGGACGGCAAGAACGCCAGGAGGCCAAGAACACCAGGAGGCCAAGAACGCCACUGCUAAAUUAGGAAAAGAUGUAGCUUGUGUGCACCACAAUGGACUGUAUGCUUCAGCACCCAGAGAAAAAUUAAAACUUGUUCUGAGAGUUUUGAGAGUCCACGUUGUUUUUCAGCCACUUUUCAAAGCCGUAUCACAGCUUUGGUCUGGACUUAAAGAUGAAGCUGACCUCCUGACGUUCCUCGCUGACCUCGCAGUGAACCUGCAGCCUUUCAUCACCUCUCAGGCCAAACUUUUCUCUGAAGCCUUUCUGUCUGACCUGCUGGGGGCAUCACAGGUGAAGACAGAUGAGCAGCGAAUGACAAAGACCACAGAUGAACGCAUGAAUCCAGCUGAGAUGGAACAGGAGUGGCUUCUGCCUGAGACAGGACGUGGCUUUAACCAGCUUCCAUUGCAGUACGGCGGAUUCUGUGGCUACACGCUGGUCAGCACAGACGGAAUUCUGCUGCCAGGUAAUCCUCACAUUGGAGUGCUGAAGCACAAGGACAAACUUUACGCUUUCAGCUCCAAAGACGCUGCUGUGAAAUUUGCCUCCAGGCCUGAUGACUUCAUCGCGGCAGUGGAAGAAAAAGCCAAAUGCUCCCCAGAACUGAUCCAGCUGCUGAGGCUCCAACAGUUUUCCAGCAUCGUGCCGUACUGUGAGAUGCAGUCAGCAGAGAAUCCGGCAGAGACGGGCACCGUGAAGGCAGAGACGGGCACAAACAGAGACUCACCCAGUGGAAACAAACAUCGUGAAGUCCUACGAGUGGAACGAGUGGGAGCUCAGAAGACGAGCUGUGAAACUGGCUAACCUCCGAACCAAGGCGACCCACCCACACAGACUGACGUGAGCCACAUGAGACGGGAGAACGUUACUCAGACCUUCCCCCACAAGGACGCCGCCUGUCAGAGUAAGGUGGACGGCGGCAGCAGCAUGCCCAGACCUCAGGUCUACCUGAGUGGUCUGCGUGGACAAAAAGAUGAACAUAUGGUCAAAACAAACCUGACCAGAUCAGCCAUUGAAUGAGCUGUGUGUGAAAUACAUCCCCAUAAUGAGUCGCUUUAAAUAAAAAUCUAAAAGUAAAAACCA